UACACAUUUUAUUUUAAAUCAGUGACAGGAUUCUCUACUUCGGUUUAUAAAAUAUAGAGUAUAAUGUUGAGUUUUGCGACGAUACUCUGCGCAAAUUCAGGUUCGUCGCUUUGUGUCAUUAGUGUUGAUCGCUCUUGGAUGGCUCGUUAUUUAAUUCAGUUUCGAUGACAUCUUUACCAUAUGCUGGUAAAAUCGGGAAUAGUGUGCAGUGAAUGUAUAAAUAGCCGAUCGGUCGAUCAUGUGUAAGGCAAAGUAUGCCUUGAACAUUCCUAUCAUCUGAUUUUUCUUGGCAAACUGAUUUGUCUUAUUGGUUGUGAUGUGAUGUCCAUCAAACCUGUUGUGUUAUCCACGUGCUGUGAUUUUGUUAUCGAACGACGAACAAACAUUAACGAACGCAACGAUUAAAGAAAAUAGACCAUUUCAAUCCUAACAAAACAUAAUCUUAAAAACGUUAUAGCAGGUUUUGAGUACUUGAAGCAGAAAGAUGAGCUUAAUAAAAAUAUAGUAAAAUGCGACAUACCGCAGUGGCUUUGUUUGUCAUAUUGGCCGUCUUUGAAAUCAGGAUCGUAAAAUGUUUCGUUUCAUCAGUACUUUGCUCUCGAAUGCCCGGUCUAACACAAACUCAGCGUCUAAUAUGUUCUGAGUCACCAGAUGCUGUGGUAUCGCUUGCUGUGGGGCAGCUACUAGCAGCAAAUGAGUGCCAAAAACAAUUUCAUGGGCACCGCUGGAACUGUUCUCACGUGUGGAAGAAAGACAUGUUUGGUCAGAUUGUGGCUAUAGGUUCGAAGGAGGCCGCAUAUACAUACGGUAUAACUAGUGCUGGAGCAGUGUAUUCGAUUACAGCUGCUUGUGCCAAAGGAAACAUUACUACAUGCGGCUGUAAUAAGAAGCAAAAAACCUUUGUAUCCAGUGAUUCUGAUACAUGGAAAUGGGGUGGAUGUUCGGUGGAUAUUUUAUAUGCAAUGGCCUUCGCUAGAAGGUUUCUCGACAGUCGAGAAAUAGAAAACGAUAAUCGCAGCCUUAUGAAUUUGCACAACAAUCGCGUAGGACGGAAGACAGUUAAAGUUCUCUUACGGACGGAGUGCAAAUGCCACGGCGUAAGUGGAUCAUGUGCUAUGAAAACAUGCUGGAAGAGUCUGCCAUCCUUUCAGGCUAUCGGAAAUGUAAUGAUGAGGAAAUAUCGAAAGGCAAAAUUAGUACACACUAUUUCCUCUCAAGGAGAAAGUACGCUGUAUCUGUCAUUGAAACGUAGGGGACCAAAUCUGCUAGAAAGAGAACUUGUCAAGAAAAGAAGUCAAAAUCCAAAGAAAACCGAGUUAGUUUACUUACAUUCGUCACCGAACUAUUGUGAAUCUAACAUUGCAAAAGGCAUCUUGGGUACUGUGGGCCGAAGCUGUAAUCGUACCUCAAACAAUGUGGAUAGAUGUGACCUUUUGUGCUGUGGCCGAGGAUAUGAUACACAUCAAAACGUUCGCAGUUGGCAGUGUAACUGUAAAUUUAAAUGGUGCUGUACAGUAGCGUGCGACAUUUGCACGGAGAGAAAAGAAGAGUAUACGUGUAAAUAG